AUGCACCCUAACCAAGCUGGAUUUGGACCAGGAUAUUGUAUUGAACAAAUAUCCAAAAACGUUAAGGAAGGUGUUGGAACACCAUUUCGGAUCAUUUUGGAACAUCAUUUCACAUCGGAAAUCCACCACAAUUGCUUUAAUGAUUUUGCUGCUGCCUUGGAUUCAGCUGGUGGACUCGCACUCGGGAAGAUGAUGGAAUGCGAUGAUGUUCUAAAGAACUCAGUUCGACUGUUCGACUCAUAA